AUGGCGAGUACGAACGACUUCGACAGCGACGGCAAAGUCCCCCACAAUGUUCACGAUACCGUGCGCGAAGCCACAGGGCAAGACCUCGAGCAUCCUCAAGUGCUACCAUCAGACGAUAACUCGGUGGACCCUAGAUUCCAGGCUGGCGUCCAAGAUAUCGAGGCCGUGACCAUCUCGUGGUCCACCACUGCCCUGGUGAUCGCCUACGCUUUGAUCUGGCUGGUUUACUUUGUCCAAGGCCUCGUGGCAGGAGUCAGUGGCAGCCUGCUUCCUUACGUGACUUCGUCCUUCGCUCUGCACUCCCUCACGCCCACCACCGGCGUGCUGAGCUCCGUCAUUGGCGGCGUCACGAAUAUGAGCAUCGCCAAAACUGUGGACAUCUUCGGUCGCCCGCAGGGGUUCCUCUUCUGCGUGGUUCUUGCGACGGUCGGCCUCAUCAUGGCAGCCGGCUGCAACAACGUCGAAGCUUACGCUGCGUCACAAGUCUUCUAUACCGUGGGAAUCAAUGGAAUCGGCUACAGCCUGAGCGUGUUUGUCGCCGACAUCACCUCGCUGCGGCACCGAGGUCUUGUCCAGUCCCUGUGCGCCUCGUCCAACGUGAUUACACCUUGGCUGGGCGGACCCAUCUCCACGGCGUUCUUGAACGGAGCGGGCUGGCGCUGGGCGUUUGGGAUGGAGAGUAUCCUCGUUCCCGGCGUCACCAUCCCGCUGUUCGGGCUGUUCAUGUACCAUUUCUUCAAGGCCAAAAAGCAGGGCGUCGUGCCGAAGCGAAAAAGCGGACACACAGUAUGGGAGUCGGUGACUUAUUACGCGCACGAGUUCGACCUCAUGGGCCUCUUCCUGCUGUCGGCUGGCGUCGCGUUCUUCCUGCUGCCCUUCAACCUGUACACGCAGCAAACGAAGGGAUGGAACUCGGCCAUUAUCAUCUGCUUCCUUGUGCUGGGCAUUGUGCUGCUGAUCGGAUUCGGGGUGUGGGAAAGGUUCUUUGCGAAGAAAUCCUUCAUCCCAUGGAAAUUGAUGCACGACCGCACCGUCAUCGGCGCCUGUCUGCUUGCCUUUGCCCUGUUCUUCAGCUACAUGUGCUGGGGCGUGUUUUUCGGCUCGACCCUGCAAGUGGUCAACGAUCUGAGCGUUACGCACGCCAGCUACGUCGUGGCAACCUACACCGUGGCCGGCUUCUUCUUCUCCAUCCUGGUCGGCGCCCUGAUGUCGUACACGGGCCGUUUCAAGCCCGUCACGCUCUACCUCACGAUCCCGCUGUCGAUCCUCGGCUCCGGCCUGAUGAUCCACUUCCGCCAACCGACGGGCAAUGUCGGCUACAUCGUCAUGUCCCAGAUCUUUAUUGCGUUUGGCAGCGGCGCCAUCAUGCUCACCGAUGAGAUCGCCAUCCUGGCCGCCGUCAAGGAGCAACAGUACUUUGCCGUCGCCAUCGCGCUGGUGUCCAUGUGCGCGAGCAUCGGCCAAGCCGUGGGCCUCACCGUCUCCUCGGCCAUCUGGCAGGGUGUCUUGCCCGAGCGGCUGGCGCUGUACCUCCCCGAGGAGGAGCUUCCCAACUUGCCCUUGAUCUCCAUGGAUAUUGUAACUCAGCUGUCUUACCCGGUGGGCACGCCGACUCGACUGGCUAUUCAGCGGGCGUACGGUGAUACGCAGAAGGACCUGUUCAUUGCCGGUACUAGUGUUUGGGUCAUUGGGAUUAUCGGAACUCUGAUGUGGCGGAACCUCAAUAUCAUUGGUAUCAAGCAGACGAAAGGUCGCGUCUUUUAA